CUUUCUGCGGCAACGGUUCCCAUAGCGACAAUACCAUUUUUUUUUGUUUCAGUAACAACUACACCAACUAGUUUAUGAAUACCGGAAUUGAAUUAAAAAUACAUAUCCAGAAAAAACUAAUGUUAAGUGUACCGAUGCAACCUAUAAUAGAACAGUAGCUUUUUUAAACUUUACCCGUUACACUAGUUUGAUGAAAUGUGACUCAUGCGUGUUGUCGCAAGUGAAGUGUUAAAAAGAAGAAAAUGUGCUGUGAGCGAAUUUUGUAAAUAUGGUAAAAUACGCGUGUGUUAUCGAUGUCAGUGCGAAUAUUGACUGAAAAUGCUAAGUCGUUGGAAGAGCAAAGACAAGGCGGAAAAGUCCGGCAAGUCCUCCAAUUCUAGCAGUAAAAAGAAAAGAAAAGGCAGAGAAAAUGAAGAAGACUGGCAUGGAGAUGGUUCACGAAUCGAUGGUGGGUUGUCGGAUGGGGAGCAGAACCGAAGCUCUUCCAGGGGCAGAACUUCCCGACGCGACGAUCCACGGCGCCACACCCUCGCCGGAAAUCACUAUUACAUUCAGAACCAUCCUGGCCAGAUACCCCAUGACCUUGAGCAUCGGGGACCUCAACCAGCAAAUAUGAAUUCGCCUGAGUAUGCCAUCGUUACCAAGUUCCGCGAUACAAAAAAUAAUAUAAUAUCAAAUCAGUUCGCACGAAAGCCCCCCCUACCCCGAAGCUACCCGCCGCCCAAUGCGUUGCUCUUCGACGAUGACCCCGGGAUCAUGUCCGAGGUGGAGACCGCGUCGACAGGAUUCCGACGCGGCGGGAAGCAACGAUCCUCUCUUCCUGUAGUACGCACACCGAGCAAGACCCUCGAAAGACCUUUGGGUCUGGUGUUCCUGCAAUACAGGAACGAGACAAAGCGUGCGCUGCUACCGAACGAGAUCACGUCCAUAGAUACAGUGAAAGCGCUCUUCGUUCGCAGUUUCCCCAAACAACUCACUAUGCAGUACAUGGAUAGUCCUUUGGUCAAAAUCUACAUUCACGACUCCUCCAAAGAUAUGUUCUACGAGUUGGAAGACGACCG